AUGACUGAGUGCUACAAGAGUGUCCACUAUUCUCAAACUACCUCUACCAUAAGUAGGAUUCUCAAGAUAAUAACCUCUCAUUAACAAGAAUCCUUUUGACUAAUGCUAUAAGAAAGUGUAAAAAAAAAAAUGGAAGCUGUUAAGGAGGUACCGAGCGAAACAAGAGACGCUUACAGAGUUACUUACAUAAUCCAUUUCUUGCUCGGCGCAGGAAACUUACUUCCUUGGAAUGCAUUUAUCACAGCAGUUGAUUACUUUGCCUACUUAUAUCCAGCCAACCACAUUGAAAAGGUUUUCUCCGUGGCUUACAUGGUUUCAUCUGUUUUCGUACUUCUUGUGAUGAUGAGUUGGGGAGGUUGGAGUAAAACAACACUGAGGUUGAGAAUGAACUUGGGAUUUUCAAUGUUUGUUAUGUCUCUAAUGGUAGCUCCCGUCAUCGAUUGGGCCUCGAGUAGCACGACGAUGAAAGAGAGACCGAGCGGUGCUUAUGGCAUGACAGUUGCAGCUGUUGUUAUAUGUGGUUUAGCAGAUGGAGUGGUUGGUGGAAGCUUGAUAGGAUCAGCAGGAAAGCUUCCAAAACAGUAUAUGCAAGCUGUUUUUGCUGGAACUGCUUCUUCGGGUAUUAUAAUUUCAAUCUUGAGGAUAAUAACAAAGGCCUCACUACCUCAAACUCCAAAGGGUCUCAAAAUAAGUGCUCACUUGUACUUUAUGGUAUCCAUAGUUUUCCUUCUAUGUUGCAUUGUGUUUAGUAACUUGCAACACAAGUUACCUGUGAUGCAGCAGUAUCAACAGAGUCAACUUCAGGAUAGUGCCUUAUGCUCCAAGACAAAAUUUUGUGCAGUGGCAGGGAAAAUCAAGGGGCCGGCUUUCGGAAUUUUCAUAAUCUACAUAGUAACUCUGUCUAUCUUCCCAGGAUUCAUCGCAGAAGAUCUUGAAUCCAAGGUUCUUAAAGAUUGGUAUCCGAUAAUAUUGAUAACAGUUUAUAAUUUAGCCGAUCUUAUGGGAAAAUCAUUAACUGCUUUCUAUGUUCCACAAUGUAUCAAAAGAGCUAUAUGUGCUGCCACAGCAAGACUAUUAUUCUAUCCACUUUUUAUAGUUUGUCUUCAUGGACCCAAUUGGUUGAAAACCGAAGUUCCAAUGAUUGUUCUUACAUUUCUACUGGGAUGUACCAAUGGAUACCUCACUAGUGUUCUUAUGAUUCUAGCUCCUAAGUCAGUGCCUUUCUCGGAGUCAGAGUUGUCGGCUAUUGUGAUGACCGCGUUCCUCGGAUUCGGGUUGGUUGGUGGUUCGGUCCUCGGCUGGUUCUGGAUAUUGUGAGUGUGAAGGUGUUUAGUUCAGGUGAAAUAAAAUGAGCAGAAGAAGAAAGUAGCAUUCAUUGUAGGCUCAAGUAGGUUGUUUCUAUAUUUGUUGUCUAAUGUUUUUGAAUGACAAAUCAUGAGAAGUGUGAACAUUGUUAGAAACUUCUAGAUAUGUAAAAUGCAAUAUAAUGAAUCCAUAUCUGUGAUAAUAGAAAUAGUACACUUUGAGAUCA